AUGACAGCAAGUCCAAAAACCACCGACGCUAUGCUGUCACCCCUGAAUGCACCCCCUGACAGCCCCACAGAGCUCCUCCUCGGCUCAAAAGACUACGCCACGCACCGACCCAAGCUCCUACGAACCAACAAUGCCGCCAACGAGAACAUCCAGCCCGCCGCCAUCGCCCUUCCCAAGACCGCAGAUGAAGUCGCGCGCGUUGUGCGGUGGGCGACGGCAUCCGGGCUGCGGCUCGUCGUGCGCGGGGCCGGCAACGACUUCUUCUCGCGCAGCAUUGCGGACGGCGCGCUGGUCAUCGGCAUGCGGCAUCUCAACAGCAUCCAGCAUAGUGGCUAUGGCCCGUCAACGAAACUCUGCGGGAUGGGCUUUGAGCAGAUCGUCGGGGCGCAGCUCGUCAAUGCCAAGGGCGAGGUGGUCGAUGCCAUUGAAGAGAUGCUCGAGGGCUUCAGGGGCAUGCUGGGUCACUUGGGGGUAAUGACGAGCUUGACGGUCAAGACUUACCCUAGAUACGACGCAAGUUCCCCGGGACGACGCUGCCGGGGGUGA